UCGCGAAAGUGUGCAAAACGUCAACAACAACUAUUUUGCCAGACGCAACAAAACCCGAAAGUUAUCCGUAGAGUUGUUUUCUCCGAUCGCGAUCUUCCCGAUCCCGAAUAAAGCGAAAAAAAAAAUGACCAACGUCACGGUGGUGUUCGAGUACGAAGAGCCGGAGUACUGCCGGCUGUGUUUGGCCAAGCAAACCAACGAUAACGACCUCACGAUGAUCGAGUCGGACACGCACGGGAUCAUCCGGGAGUUGCUGCAGAUUCAGCUGGACAAAACCGACUCGGACGCGUUCAUCUGCUCGACGUGCGUGGAGAGUCUGGAGGAGUUCCACAGCUAUCGUACCCGGUGUCGACGGAACAACGUGGCGCUGCAGAAGAAGGCCGAGGAGCGCAAAAAGCAGCAGAUUGAGCUCGCCAAGAGCGCCAUCGCCAACACGAACGUGCUGGACCAGGUCAAGGACGGCGAACCGAUCCGGGUGGUGAUCCGGAUGAACGCCGAGGGCAAGGCCAGCGUGCGGUUGCAGGUCCACUCAAAGCCGCAGAUAAAAACGGAAGAGGUUCCUCCAGCGGAGGUCGAAGCGGAACCAAGCACGAGCACGGCCAGCACCAGCAAAGCAACGACUCCAACCAUUCCGGCCGUGUCGGAGAAGGACGGCAAAUCACCACCCCAGAAGCUGAUCCGGCUGCCGAUGCAGCCGUUCUACUUCUACAAAGCGACGGCCAAGUCCAGCUACGGGUUGAUCUACGGCGGCUACCGGUACUGCGCCUCCGUGCCGCGAAAGCAGCACGUCUACUGGAUGUGCGAACAGCGCAAGACGCACCGCUGCCAGGCGGUCGUUCUGGUGAACAAGAUCUACACCGAGUUUCUGCUCAACUGUGGACACAACCACGAUCCGCCCCAGGUUGGGACCCAGCAGGUGUACAAGGCGGCCGAGGUACUGCCGUACGUGAUGAAGAGCGAACGGGCCCGGGAAGAGCAACUCGCGCGAAACGUUGAGCUCAGAACAUACAGCAGAAAAAAGGUCGUCAAAGAGGAAGACUACACGUCCGAGGAUGACGAUGAGGAGUACUCGUCGGGCGAUGAUUCCGAUGCGGUUCCCGCGGAAGUAAAGAAAGAAGACUCUGAAGAUGAGGAGGAAGAGGCGAAGCCACCGGCCAGCGAUGCAGCUGAAGCGACGAGUCCGGUGGCGGUCAAAAAGGAGCAGGUUGACGACGGGGACGAAUGUAUGUACAUAAUUGCGGAGUUGACGUAAGAUUUACGAUGUUAUUCCUUUUAUUCAUCUGAAAAAAUAAAACUAUUAAUCAAA